AAAGGAACUGGGAAAAGAGGAGAGAGGAAGUUAAAACUUUCCCUCCCUUCCUGUCUUCCUCAGAAAAUCAAAUAUGGCAUCUCCCAUGAGGAGCUUGGUUUCUGAUUACAGCCGAUAUGUUGAAUCUUUUCGGAGGUUUCUCAACAAUUCUACGGAACACCAGUGCAUGCAGGAAUUUUUGGACAACAAGCUGCCAGGCAUAAUAGCAAGGAUUGGAGAUAAAAAGUCAGAAAUUAAGAUUCUAAGCAUUGGCGGAGGUGCAGGUGAAAUUGAUCUUCACAUUCUCUCCAAAGUGCAGGCCCAGUACCCAGGAGUUCCUAUCAAAAAUGAAGUUGUUGAGCCAAAUGCUGAACAAAUUGCCAAGUAUAAAGAGGUUGUAGCCAAGUCUUCAAACCUUGAGAACAUAAAGUUUGCUUGGCAUAAGGAGACAGCAUCUGAAUAUAAAAAUAGAAUAAUGGAGAAAAAAGAACUUCAUAAGUGGGACUUUAUUCAUAUGAUUCAGAUGCUGUAUUAUGUAAAAGACAUCCCAGCAACCCUGAAAUUCUUCCAUAGUCUCUUAGCUACCAACGCUAAGAUUCUUAUUAUUGUUGUAUCAGGAACCAGUGGCUGGGACAAGCUAUGGAAAAAGUACGGAUCCCGCUUACCCCGUGAUGACCUCUGCCAGUACAUCACAGCAACUGAUCUCACCCAGAUGAUGGAUAAUUUAGGAAUUAAAUAUGAGUGUCAUGACCUUCCUUCCACCAUGGACAUAUCUGACUGUUUUAUUGAUGGUAAUGAAAAUGGAGCCCUGCUUUUGGAUUUUUUAACAGAAACCUGCAACUUUAAUACAACAGCACCACCUGAUCUCAAAGCAGAAAUUAUGAAAGCUCUACAAGAGCCUGAAUUCAGUGUUAAGAAAGAUGGAAAGGUUCUUUUUAAUAAUAAUCUGAGUUUCAUAGUGGUUGAAGCAUAAAUAUCAAUCAUGAGAGUAUCUUAAAAAUUAUAUUGUAAACAAUGUUGAUCAUUUAUUUCUGUAUUCAAAUUACAAAUAAAUUUCAUAAAUAUAAAUAAGACAUUUUCUCUUAUGUAUAACAUCUAGAAAAUUAUAACAUUCUUGGACUUCCACGUACAGGUAUAAAUGAUAUUGUGGAUAUUAUCCCAUCCCUUCUCCAGGUUGGAAAAAUGAGACAACUAAGUUUCACUGGCUUAUUGACAAUAAAAUUCUUUCCAUUUGUUGAUUGUACUGGAAUUUCCUACAACACUAAUAAAGAAUGUACUAUGGAUUCUUUAAAUACUACUAAAGUAUAUGCUUAUUGAUACUUUGAACACUAAGAAAGUGUGUAUUGAUUUUCCCCUUUUGUGAAGAAGUAUUUGUCUGUGCAGUCCUCUAUUGUAGUUGCUAUCUCAUUUGUAUUGACUAUUAAAAGUAAGCACUUUUAGGAUACUGUAAAAUUAACUCUUUCUCAUUUCCUCUCAGCUUGUUUUCUUUUUUAGUCUCAUCUAAUACUUUUAUAAUGUUUUGUUUCUUUUUUUAAUAUACUGAAGUUUUUUUUCUUUUUUUCCUUUUUUAAUUUCUGGGUUCUUGACACAUUUUAAAAGGCCUUCUAAAACCAUUUUGAAAUAUUAACAUUUUAUAAUAAUUUGUGGUUUUAUAUUUUAAAACAUAUUUCUUUGAUAUGUUUGAAACUAGUACAAGUGUAAAAGAGUGAGAUUGAGAAUAAGCUGCUUUUCCUAUAAGAGAUAAGCCAGCUAUAUCAACACAAUUAAUUUAAAAUCCACU